AUGCCUCAGGAUACGGCAAGCGCGGUUUUUGCGAAGUUGCGAGGCAAGUUUGAAUUUUCAAAACAAGGCUAAAGAGACAGGCGUCUGUCGCUGUGAAUUGGAACAACACAUUUAUUGGCAGGUGGAACUAUGGUGUCUCUCGCGGGAUUUCAAGAUCUGGAGGAGACGGGGGAGACGUUGGUCUGCAUCAUCAAGAGCAACAAAGGAGAGCACAACCUGCGAGGCAUGCGGGAAGGGCACCAGCGUCUGUUCGAAUGCCACACCAACACAAAGAGAACCAUCACUCAGCUUUUAAGCGAUCUGACGCACACGGAGGAGGGAGUGGGGCAGAAGCUGCUGGCCCUGGAGAAGCAGAAGAGUGAGCGGUCUCAGGAGCUGGAGAGUCUGGAGCAGGACCUGCAGCGCAGUGUGGCCAAGAACCAGACCACGGAGGCAGAGCUGCAGUUCCUGCAGAGGGAGCUACAGAGCCUGCAGGACUCUGAGCGUGAGGUCCAGAACCUGCAGGAUGAGGUGGACGAGGACACAACAGAGGUCAUCCCUUCAGCUAUAUACCUUGCCCAGCUGUACUACAAGGUCACCAAGAUUAAGUGGGAGCACGGCGAUGAGCCUGGCAUCCUGAAAGGCGUUCACUACGGAGAAGACCUUGCCACUCCGAUCAACGUCGACACCGCAUCGCAGUCCAAGUGCGCCGUUAGCGACUACCUAUGGAGUUUCGUCAGCACCGAUUGGUAGAACGGAAGGGGAGGAAGUCUGUCAGUUAUUUGUGUCUUCUUUUGUAUUUAUGCGUUUCUAUAAUACUAAUAAAAUUUGUAAACACUU